AUGAAGUGGGAGAAUGUGGAAAGGGAAUGCCUCAAAGAGAAGAAAGGGAAAGCAAAGAAAAAUAGACGCAGAAAGAGGCAGGAAAGACAGCGUCUUGAGGAAAAAAACACAGUUAUUUCAGAAGCAGCUGCCAUACCUGAAGUGGAUUGGUUACCUGAAGAAGGUGAACCAGUAGGAAGAUCUAGAAGUCCAAACCUUUCAGAUGAGGACGAACCUCUACCUGCUGGGAAGGACGAUGUGGAAAUGGCCCAAAUAUCCAUUGCCAAUCCCAUUAACAUUAUCUAUGAUGUGGAACAAUUGGAAUUAGAAUGGAUAGAGGAGGAGAAGAAAGGAAAAAAACGGAGAAACAGGAGAAAGAGGCAGCAAGGACAGACUGAAGAUGAUAUGACUGUGAAAUCCGAACCUGAAUUACUCGCCAGAGAAUCAGGAGUUAUAGAAAAUUCAAUAAUUGAGGACAUAGUAGAAAUGGAAGACAACAACGAAUCACACCAUGGCAAAGAAGAGGAUGAGUACGACUCAGAAGAAGAGGAUGAGUACGACUCAGAAGAAGAGGAUGAAGAUGACUCAGAAGAAGAGGAUGAGGACUCUGAGCAGGAUGAGGAGGACUCAGAAGAACAAGAAGAGGAGGACUCAGAACAUGAGGAGAAGGAUGAGAAGAACCCAGAAGACCAUAAAAAGUCUAAAGCUAAGACUCAGGCUCAAGAGUAUGUAUGGCGGAUUCCAGGCCUACCCAGGAAACGAAUUCCGGGACUACAGAAGAUGAGGCCACCAAACCGGCAAGUGAAAAAAUGCCGGAAGAAGACGAAGGAGCAAAAGAGCCAAAUGAAACAGGCUCGAAAAGAACGAGCCCGUCACAAGGUUACAAGGAAUCAUGUCCAGCGCGGAGGAAACAGAUGGUGA